UCUUGUGAUUGGCUAAAGUCAUUUUAUUGCAUGGUGUCAAAUGUGUGUGGUCGGCUAACGUAAACAAGUAUUCUAACAUUUGGAUUUCACAGUUUUAGAUUUGAAAAGAUAGAAAGAUGUCACUUUUUGGAUUAGGACACACAAGCUACAGUCUUAAGGAACUUCUAGAAAAUCCAGUUCUCCAAAAUCCGCCACAAUUUAAUAAAGAUGGAGGAAGUCUCAAGCCAAAGGAGAAGGGAAGUAUGUCACCUACAUUUGACCCAACGUCAGCAUUUCUGGGUCCAAACUUAUGGAGUAGUGCUGACUAUACUGAUGGGGACAUAAGUUUAGAGUAUAUGGACUUAGAUGAGUUUUUAUCUGAGAAUGGCAUCCCUGUAGACCUCAAUGAGGCCUCUAAUGGUAGCAGUAGGUCUAAAGACAGCCAACUCUCUUCUCCCAAGGAGUCAGAUUCUUCACCUACAUCUACAGUCAACAUAAAGGAGAUUCAAAGUCCAGAAGAAGAUGAUUCAGAUUCAGAUGAGUCUAUUGAAGAAGAGACCAUAAAAAAGGAAGAUGUUGUAGAAAGUGCGUUAGAUAUAAACAUUGAAUUCAAUGUCGCCGAACAAGAUGUGAUCUUAUCAACGGUACCAGGAGAAGAAACAUUUGAUCCAAAAGCAAGAAAAUUUUCAGAAGAUGAGCUUAAACCACAGCCAAUGAUUAAGAAAUCACGAAAGGUGUUUGUUCCUGACGAACAAAAAGAUGACAAAUACUGGUGUCGUAGGAAGAAGAACAACGUAGCAGCUAAACGCUCAAGAGACGCGCGACGUGUGAAGGAAAAUCAAAUAGCCAUGCGAGCAUGUUACUUAGAGAAAUGUAAUAAUACACUGACAGCCGAAGUUCAAAAACUCAAGAAAGAAAAUGCACAGUUAAAGAAGUCUCUAGAAGAUGCCCAGCAAAAACUGAAUUCCACAUCAUGAAGACGUUUUAAUACAUUGAUCAUUAACUGCAGCAGACAUUAUCAUGAUUAAUAUUUCAAUGGGCAUUCCUGUUCAAUGUUUAAUUUCAUAUAUUGAACAGAUUGUAUAAUAGGCUAACAGUUCUUUGGUUAAAAAAAAUAUAUGUCUGUUUUCUGCCUCCAGUAAAUAGUGUUGGUCGGUUAUUGUUCUUUUUUUUUUUGACAUAAUUUUUUUUUUUGCACAGCCAAAUCUGAAAAAUUACAUGUUUUCUACAAAUCUGAUCAGGAUUUACACAAAUCGUUCGGUUAUUGGCUUAUGGAAGGUGGUUUAUUUGUAAUUUCCAAUGUUAUGACAACCUUCUUCACUUGAUUCAAGUCAAUCUUAUUACAAAUUUUACUGAAUAAUCCACCAGAAAUAGGAUUCAAUGUCUACUGAAAUGACUCAAAACUUUAUUUCUUGAAUAAUAUUUUGGAGAGGUAAUAAAAUCUUCAGGUUUCAGUUGGUUGAGAGGCAGGAAACACAUAUUUUGUUUGGCCUGACAGCUAGUAUAGGUUAACAGUACUACCUUGAUUGUAUACCUUUCACCCUUAGUCAUGCAUCGUUAUUGCCAUUAAUUUUCGAAAAAAUGAACAAAUCUGAAAAAGAGGCCAGAUUAAGAUUUAAAUAAAAUUCAUUUCAUAACUAAUCUAAUAUUAACAAUAUUUCAUAUUUUAGGCUGUAUAAUAGGGCUUUGUUGACUUUGUAACUUGCUUUCAAAAUCUGACACAUUAUUUGCAAUUUUAGAACUAUUUUGCUUUUUUUUUUUAUAUAAAAAAACGUGGAAAUUUGAUAGUCAAAAUCUAGAAUAUAAUAGGUCAAAAGUUUUAUAGAGUAUAUUGUAUUUAUGUAAUGUAUUGUAAAUUUAUAAGUUAAGUGUAAUGCUUAUAAAGUAACUUGGUUCAGAUUACAUUCUUUAAAGGUUCCUUUUGUCAGAAGUUAGUGUACUGAUUAUAAGUUUACUUUGUUCAGACCUCAUUAUAUUAGGUUAUUUAUUCCAAUAAUGAACACUUCAAUAAUCUGUCUAUCCCCCUCACAUUUGUUUUUCAGUUAAAUUUUUAGAAUGUAUAUCAUUAAUUUAUAUAUUUAAAUUAAAUUUCCAAACAUUUGGUAUACACCCCCCUUUUUUUUCCUUUUUUAUACAAAAAUUGUCAGUAAGGAAUUGAAAGAGAAGGUUAUUACUGUAAAAGAUUUUAUUGAAUCAUUUACAAAUUUUGAAAUAAAAAUCUCACUUCAUUUCUUUUAUUGUGGAAUAUAAAGUGUUGACAUAUACGGGUAUUUUUUUUAUAUUUCAUUUGAAAAUCAUGGACAGCUAGAUUUUUUUUAGAAAGAUUUUAUAUUGUUAUAUUUUAUUUCUCUUAAUUUAAGGAAAUUAUUAUGACAUUGCUUCCUAUCAUAUAUUUUAGAUAGAUUCCGUUAGACUUUUUUCUUUUCCUCUAUUCCUAUAUGCCUGUUAGUUACCAAAAAGUACCAGAGCAUAGAGAUUUAUCUAUUAACCUGUUACCGUGGAAACUUAUAGGAAAGUAUCCUAAAUAUUUUAACAAUGAAUGUUUAAUGUUUAAUUGUAUAUAAAAUUAAUCUUUUUGUCUACAUUUUCAUUUAUGUAAAAACAUUUAUGAUUCAUUAUUUUUUCUUCAUUUUCAUCAUGUCUUCAUUGUAAUUUUUUGUUAUUUUAUGACAUAGUGUUCAUUUUCUUACUGCCUAACACAAUGUUUUCUUUCUUUAUAACUAUAGUCUAUGGUUUAAAUCAUGAACUCAUAACAAAAGAAAUAAUAUUGAAACAGUUUUUCAUUUGAGAAUUUGUAUAACUAUUUGUUCUGAAGAUAAAAUUGGAGAAGCUAUAUAUCUAUGGGUUCUGAGAACAUGAAAGUAUUUAAAUUCAGAAGUCUUCAGUGGUAGUUUAUAUAUAUGAUUUGAUCAUUUUGAAGAAAAAUUGAAAAUAAAAAUUAAAAAAAAAAUUAAAAAAAAUCGAAAAUAAACUAAAAAAAAUAUAAAAAAUUAAAAACAAUAUAAAAAAAUAUAUAAAAAAAGAAAAAAGACUUAAAAAAAAAAAAAAGCAAGUGAUAUUUUGAAAAAUAAAGCAUGUACUUUUGUUAGCUUAAAGUUAGUAGAAGAUAGAUUUUUAAACUGUUUGUGAUGUAUUGAAAACAAAUAAAGUUUGGUUAAGGUCUGGACUAUUCAGGGCCUGUAUAACAUUGUAAUCUCAUAUCUUGGUUGGAUUGGACUGUUAUUAAGUAACACAAAUCUGAACACAAACUUUGGUUAAUAGACUUGAUCAGAAAUACUGUUGCAUGAUGGGAAGGUUAUCGUUGUUUAAUGAUCGGUUCAGACAUCAUUAACGAGGAUGUUGAGAAUACACACAAUGUAAGACAAAUGGUCAAAAGUUGAUUUAGAAAUUGUCAGUUAUAGUUGAAAAUAGUAUUGUCAUAUUGAUCUAGUGGAAAUUUUUUAUGCAAAGUUUACUAAACAUGUAACGACAAAUGACAAAAAAAAAAGAACAAACUUUUGAAUAAGUGAUAACUGUUAAGAAACUCUAUAUACAAUUUAACUGACAAAUGAUGAAUCAGAUCAAAACUUGCAGUGAUAAAAAAAAUAUAUAAAAAAUUGCUUCAUGUGUUAUUUCUGUACAUAUAUAUAUAUAUAACGAUGUGCAUUUUUUAGCAAUAUGUAAGUGACAAAAUUUAGAAUAUGAUAGAACAUGUCACACAUUGAUCAUUAAAGACUGACAAAAUUAAAGUUUCUCAGGUACAGCAGCCAUUCAGCUAAAUAAUUCAUUCUAUUAUUCAUUUUAUAAAAAUAUAAAGUGUAGUUUUCCAUUCAGUGCAGAAUUUAAUAAAAUUGACAAGUUGACUUCAUAAUUUAAACUUAAAAGAUUUUGUUGUACUCACUGUAAAUUCUGUUUAAAACAUGCACUUGUUUUGUAUUGUUAAGUUUUCAAAGUUGUAUCUCCUAUCUGUUGGCAUUGUUAGUACAUGUUAAUAAAUUUGUUUAUUACUA